GAGACCCAGGAAACACACGGCCUCGGCUCCAAACCCUGUCCACUUCUCUCCUCCUCGCACGUGCCGUCCUUUCCUCCACCAUGACCUGUGGCUUCCCAACUGGAAACUUCAGCUGUGCCUCAGCCUGCGGACCCAGGCCAGGACGCUGCUGCAUCUCCGCAGCUCCCUACAGGGGCAUCUCCUGCUACCGCGGACUCUCAGGGGGCUUCGGCAGCCGCAGCGUCUGCGGGGCCUUCCGCUCUGGCUCCUGCGGACGCAGCUUCGGGUACCGCUCUGGAGGCAUCUGCGGGCCCAGCCCCCCCUGCAUCACCACCGUCUCUGUCAACGAGAGCCUGCUCACGCCCCUCAACCUGGAGAUCGACCCCAACGCGCAGUGCGUGAAGCAUGAGGAGAAGGAGCAGAUCAAGUGCCUCAACAGCAGGUUCGCGGCCUUCAUCGACAAGGUGCGCUUCCUGGAGCAGCAGAACAAGCUGCUGGAGACCAAGUGGCACUUCUACCAGAACCGCAAGUGCUGUGAGAGCAACCUGGAGCCCCUGUUCGAGGGCUACAUCGAGACGCUGAGGAAGGAGGCUGAGUGUGUGGAGGCCGACAGCGGGAGGCUGGCUGCCGAGCUCAACCGUGUGCAGGAGGCCAUGGAGGGCCACAAGAAGAGGUAUGAAGAAGAAGUUGCACUCCGGGCCACAGCAGAGAAUGAAUUUGUGGCUCUAAAGAAGGACGUGGACUGCGCCUUUCUACGCAAGUCAGACCUGGAGGCCAACACAGAAGCACUGACCCAGGAGACGGACUUCCUGCGGCGGGUGUAUGAAGAGGAGACCCGCGUCCUCCACUCCCACAUCUCAGACACCUCCGUCAUCGUCAAGAUGGACAACAGCCGGGACCUGAACAUGGACUGCGUCAUAGCUGAGAUCAAGGCUCAGUAUGAUGACAUUGCCAGCCGCAGCCGGGCAGAGGCCGAGUCCUGGUACCGCACCAAGUGCGAGGAGAUGAAGGCCACGGUGAUCCGGCACGGGGAGACCCUGCGCCGCACCAGGGAGGAGAUGAACGAGCUGAACCGCACGAUCCAGAGGCUGACGGCCGAGAUCGAGAACGCCAAGUGCCAGAACACCAAGCUGGAGGGCGCUGUGACCCAGUCUGAGCAGCAGGGCGAGGCCGCCCUGGCUGAUGCCCGCUGCAAGCUGGCUGAGCUGGAGGCUGCCCUGCAGAAGGCCAAGCAGGACAUGGCCUGCCUGCUCAAGGAGUACCAGGAGGUGAUGAACUCCAAGCUGGGGCUGGACAUCGAGAUCGCCACCUACAGGCGCCUGCUGGAGGGCGAGGAACAGAGGCUGUGCGAAGGUGUUGGAGCUGUCAAUGUCUGUGUCAGCAGCUCCCGUGGUGGAGUUGUAUCCGGGGACCUGUGUGUGUCUGGCUCAAGGCCUGUGACAGGCAGCGUCUGCAGUGCCCCAUGCAGUGGGAACGUGGCGGUGAGCACUGGCCUGUGUGCGCCCUGUGGAACUGGCUCCUGUUACCAGGGGAGAUUUUAGGGGUCAAGAGGGAGACAGGAAGUGGCCUGACCAACAAAGCUGAGCAUGAUAGCCUUGAGAUCUGCUGCCCUUGUGUUCUGAGAAUCCAUUCCCCAUCCCCAGCAGCUGCCCUUUUGUCCAGCUACCUGCUGGCAAGGGGCUUGCUGUUGAUAGAUCAUCCUCCUGCCUCAGCUGCAGGCCUGGAGGUGCCCAGCUCUGCUCCCAGUACCUCUGGCCUCUAGGCCCUGUGUGCAAUAAACUGUGUGCCUACUCUCAA